AUGGAGAUGUACAGCAAGACCGCAUCGGUGGAUAAGAAAUCCCUGUUUGCGGCAGUCAACAUGGACGGCGACAGACACGAAGACGUCAAGCCGCCGUACUCUUACGUCGCUCUCAUCGCAAUGGCCAUCGCAAAGUCCCCGGAUAAGAAACUAACGCUGAGCGGCAUCUACCAGUUCAUCAUGGACAAUUUCCCAUACUACGCCAAGAACAAGAAGGGGUGGCAGAAUUCCAUCCGGCACAACCUCUCGCUCAACGAGUGCUUCGUCAAAGUCCCGAAGGAGGGCGGGGAUCGCAAGGGAAACUACUGGACACUGGACGAGUCCUGCGAAGAGAUGUUCGAGAAAGGAAACUUCAAGAGAAGGAAGCGAAUGAAGCGGCCGCAGAAGAACGCAAACGACCAGAAGAAGGCCAUUUAUUUCACGACGGGGAACCCGUCCGCGGGGUAUUACGAGGAUCGUCAUAGUCUCGCGGGGUACCAUCCGUACGCGGCUCCUGCGUACUCGUCCCCGCACCUCAGUCCCGGCAGCGCCAGCAUCGGCAGCGGUGGCAGCGGCUAUUAUCCCAACAGUUGGAGCAGCACCGCGAGUGCGGGUUCCCGCCUUACGCCCCCUUCCCCUCCACCGCCGAUCGACCCGUCGUACCGUUCCACGUACGGAACCUCCGCGUCUUCAUACGGAGUGACGCCGCCCGCGUACACGACGUACAGCGGAUACAACACUUCAGCCGUUACGUGUCAGUCUUCCAUGGCGGCCGCGGGUUCCCAGUCCAUCAGCCUCUAUGGAGGCGCCGCGUAUCUCCCAACGUCAGGAUACGCAUCUCUACCGUCCGCGUCAGGCUACACCGCAGCCUGUUACGGGCUCGUGGACGCAAAGGCUAUGUAG